CUAUAUGUCGCUUCGUAAUGUGUGACUGUGUGAGUGAGAAUAAAGUUGGUGAAAAAACCCAACUUUAUUCUCACGCACACCGAGACGCGUGAGUGACCGAGUAUAACAGUUUGAGGUAAACAACAUUUUCCCGCUAAAAUCAAUCUGUGCGCGGACCAUCAGCUCAACCCCCGCAACCAUGGAGCAUCCAAGCAUCCAGAAGACGCUCCGCCAUCUGAAGCGGAUUCGGGACCGGUUCCCGGACUUUCUGGAAAAGGGUGGCCCCCUGGUGACGCUGAUGAUCGUCGAGGAGAAGGGUCGCCUGCAGCGCAUUCCGGAAGUGGGCAAGUCCAACGAGAGGGCCGUCGAGUAUCGGAACGCGGGCAAUGGCCUGUACGCGGAGGGUAAAUACGAGCAAGCGUUGGAGUGCUACAACAAGAGUUUGGCCUUUGCGGAGCCGGACACGGACCAGCUGGGGAUGGCGUACGCCAAUCGAUCGGCCGUUCAGCUCAAGCAGGGCGAGUACGAGUUUGCCCUGUACAGCAUCGAUCUGGACAAGAAGCAUAACUAUCCGGAGGAGUUGAUGCCGAAGCUGCUGGAACGGGAGGCCGAGUGCAAGCAGCAGAUUGUCAGAGGGAACUCGAAGGGUACGGUUCCAUGUCCCCGGAUGGGCAUCAACGUGGACACGAACCCCAAGAUUCCCUUCCUCGCCAGAGGGAUCGCCAUGAGUCAUGACGCAAAGUUUGGCCGGGGAUUGGUCGCCGAAAGGGACUUCAACCCGGGAGACAUCAUCUGCGAUGAAAAGUGCGAACUCUGUGACGUUGAUUACCACCUGAUCUACCAGAACUGCAACCAAUGCGGGGGAGACUUUGCCAACAUCUUGAUCCCCUGCCCAAAGUGCCCCUUCUUCAUGUACUGCAGCGAGGAAUGUCUCGAGCUGAGCUGGAAGCUCUACCAUCGAUUCGAGUGCGCCGUGGCGACCAAGCUGUACGUCGUGUCGCAAAUCUCGAAAAUGGUCCACGCCAGAAUGUUCUUCUACGGCUUAACCCAAUUCGAGGACAACCUUCAGGCCAUGAUGGACUAUUGUGUGCCAGAGGUCACCACCGUGGCCAAUCCCCUAGCCCAAGACUUCAACAAUCUCAACCGUUUGGAUGUGUUCAAAGCCUAUCACAACACCAAACCGUACCUCGAUCCGGAACUCGAAAUCGUCAACAUGUUCGGCGCUUGCGUGUACUACGUCCUACUCCUCACAAACCCCGCCCUCAGCUCGCUCGUCAACACUGAACCGUUCAAAUGGUUCUUCUUCACCUCGCUGCUCAAAUACCACCGGAUGUCCAUCUCACUAGUUUCAGUGUCCAUAACCGGCGACGAAGACCACGUGGUCGGCUUCCUCUCCCCCGUAAACAGCAUCUGCAACCACUCGUGCGACCCGAACGCCGUCGGAAUCCUCCACUCGGGCCGCUACAAAAUCGCCCUCAUCCGACCCGUGCGCAAAGGCGAACCCAUCUUCUGCUACUACUCGCCGCCCUGGUGGGACCCGGAGCGAUCCCCAGUACCAACCCUGCACUUUCCGUGCGAGUGCGUGGUCUGUGACCGGGGACCGGCGGGGAAAGCGUGGCGCCUGCUGAAGAAGCGGCCCUUUCCCGCGGCAGCCGUCAAGAACGUCCGGAUGAUGCAGGACAUGGUUUGCGGCGAGGACACCAGCAACGCCAACAAGUUGAACAUGCUGCAGCAGUUUAUCCGGCGAUUUUCCGAGCUGCAUCCGAACAAAAUUGUCGGACAGUGGCUGGACUGGUACAGUUACUAUCUGACGAUUUCCGUGUACGCGGAGAACUUGGUUUUGCUGCGGGCUAAAGUGCAGGAGAUGCGUGCUGAGCAUUGAAUUUGAGAGAAAAUUUCGGGAUCAUGAUCAUUUGUUAUAAUUUACUGAAGUGUUGUCAAAAUGGAUUGAAUUGGUUGAUGCCUUCAAAAUAAACCUCACU